GUUGACUCAACCUAAAAAAUCCAGCCACAACCAUUUCGGGUACUGUAUCAUGGCGCGGGCGGCGUGGAAUAUUGGCGUAUCCAUGCUCACGAGGGCGUUGACACCGAACAAGUCGAAGCUGGACGGCAUCGGGCUCAUAAAGCCACAUGUGUGGAAGGCCCGCGUGGGACUACUGGACAUGGACUUGAACGUUCACUUGAACAACGCGUCGUACCUGUACAACAUGGAGCUCGCGCGGUGGCACUUGUCUGGGCUUAGCGGGAUGUUGCAUUUCUGCUUCACGAAGCGGUGGAUGCUUCUCGUGGGCUCCCAGAGCAUUCGCUACCGCCACUCGAUUGCGCCGUUUCAAGCGUACGAGAUCCACUCGGACAUUGUGUAUUGGGACGACCAGUGGUUCUAUUUCUCCCAUCGCUUUGUGUGCCCCGCAACAGGAAAACUGUUUGCCGAAGGGUUGACUCGAGGCAUGGUAAAAGAUUCGAACCGGAAGACCAUCAAGUUUGUGGACGUCGCCAAGCAAAUGGGACUGGGCGCACCAGCUCCCAAGGAUGUUCCGGACGUUGUGAAGACGUUCUUGCUAUGGGAUGCCGCCACAAAGGCCAGCACGGCCGCGUGGAACCCCACCGAGCACAUCGACACCAAUACCCCCAAACUUCUCCAAAGCGUCAACUUGCCCAAGUUUUAACACGAACAUGCUCCGUCAUAGAUGGCUAGAUCCGUGUUGGAAUUCCGUUUCAUUUAUCGAAUGACUCAAGUGCCAAUGUUAUACUUCGUGAUGCUGGUCGAGUAAAAUUGCCUCGAGCAUUCCAUUGCGUUCUAUUUAGUGUUAAAUUAUAUUUUGGAUUUACACCAGAAUACUGCUAAUGUAAU